UUUAUACGUCAUCACUCGUGGCCCCAACAUGGUCGACUCUGAGCUCAGUUAUCUGGCAAUGUCACUAGAAUAGUUCCAGCUGUAUUUAAAGUGUUUGUUAAGGUUUUAUUUGUGUUUCACGCUGAAGCGAUGCCUCGGUACGAGCUCGCCCUGAUCGUGAAGGCCAUGCAGCGGCCGCAGGCGGCGGCGGCUCUCCGGCGGACUGUGGAGACCCUGAUGGAGCGGGGAGCGGUGGUCAGGGACCUGCAGAACCUGGGGGACAAACUGCUGCCCUACAAGAUCACCAAACACAACCAGAAACACGAGAGGGGGACUUACUUCCUGGUGGAUUUCUACUCGGCCCCCGGCAUCCUCGCCAGUCUGCUGGAUCACCUGCACCGGGACGUGGACGUGUUGAGACCCACGGUGCUGAAGAAGGACGACCCGGUCUCUGGAAGUACCAACUGCUGUGGAACCAAACAGUGAUUUAAUG